ACGCCGGGCUCGGCUCCCGCGCCCUCCCCGCGCCCGCAGCCCCGGCCAGCGGCUCGCCGUCCCGCCGGUGCGAUGCUGCUGCCGCUCGCCGUGCUGCCCUGCGCCUUCGUCCUGCUGCGGGCCGCAGCCUCUCUCCAAGUGGACAUUGUUCCAAGCCAGGGGGAGAUCAGCGUUGGAGAAUCCAAGUUCUUCUUAUGUCAAGUGGCGGGCGAGGCCAGCUCCAAGGACAUCUCGUGGUUCUCCCCGAACGGGGAGCGGCUGAGCCCGGGCCAGCAGCGCAUCUCGGUGGUGCGCAACGAUGACUCCUCCUCCACGCUCACCAUCUACAACGCCAACAUCGACGACGCCGGCAUCUACAAGUGUGUGGUCAGCAGCCCUGAGGAGGGCGACUCCGAGGCCACCGUCAACGUCAAGAUUUUCCAAAAGCUGAUGUUCAAGAACGCCCCCACGCCCCAGGAGUUCAAGGAGGGGGACGACGCUGUGAUCGUGUGUGACGUGGUCAGCUCGCUGCCCCCCACCAUCAUCUGGAAGCACAAAGGCAGGGAUGUCAUCCUGAAAAAGGAUGUGCGCUUCAUCGUCCUGUCCAACAACUACCUGCAGAUCCGGGGCAUCAAGAAGACAGAUGAGGGCACCUACAGGUGUGAGGGGAGGAUCCUGGCCCGUGGGGAGAUCAACUUCAAGGACAUCCAGGUCAUCGUCAACGUGCCUCCCUCUGUGCGUGCCAGGCAGAGCUCCAUGAAUGCCACGGCCAACCUCAGCCCGUCUGUCACCCUGGCCUGUGAUGCUGAUGGCUUCCCCGAGCCCACCGUGUCCUGGACAAAGGAUGGAGAGCCCGUGGAGGAGGUGGAGGAGGAGGACAAAUACAGCUUCAACUCAGAUGGCUCCGAGCUGGUCAUCCACAGGGUGGACAAGAGCGACGAGGCCGAGUACAUCUGCAUUGCUGAGAACAAGGCUGGCGAGGCCGACGCCACCAUCCACCUCAAAGUCUUUGCCAAACCCAAAAUCACCUACGUGGAGAACAAGACAGCCAUGGAGCUGGAGGAGCAGAUCACGCUGACCUGCGAGGCCUCGGGGGACCCCAUCCCCUCCAUCACCUGGAGAACGUCCAGCAGGAACAUCAGCAGCGAGGAGAAGGCUUCGUGGACCCGGCCCGAGAAACAAGAGACGCUGGACGGGCGGAUCGUGGUGCGCAGCCACGCGCGCGUCUCCUCGCUGACGCUCAAGGACAUCCAGUACACGGACGCGGGCGAGUACGUCUGCACGGCCAGCAACACCAUCGGCCAGGACUCGCAGGCCAUGUACCUGGAGGUGCAGUAUGCCCCCAAGCUGCAGGGCCCUGUGGCUGUGUACACCUGGGAAGGAAACCAAGUGAACAUCACCUGUGAGGUGUUUGCCUACCCCAGUGCUGUCAUCUCCUGGUUCCGGGAUGGGCAGCUCCUGCCCAGCUCCAACUACAGCAACAUCAAGAUCUACAACACCCCCUCAGCAAGUUACCUGGAGGUGACCCCAGACUCAGAGAACGACUUUGGGAACUACAACUGCACGGCCGUGAACCGCAUCGGGCAGGAGUCCUCCGAGUUCAUCCUGGUGCAGGCAGACACGCCCUCCUCGCCCUCCAUCGGCAGGGUGGAGCCCUACUCCAGCAGUGCCCAGGUGGAGUUUGACGAGCCCGAGGCCACGGGCGGGGUGCCCAUCCUCAGGUACAAGGCGGAGUGGAGGGCCCUGGGCGAGGGGGACUGGCACUCCAGGCUCUACGAUGCCAAGGAAGCCAACGUGGAGGGGACAGUGACCAUCACGGGGCUGAAGCCUGAGACCACCUAUGCAGUGAGGCUGUCAGCAGUCAAUGGCAAGGGCGUGGGGGAGCUCAGCCUGCCCGCCGAGUUCAAGACGCAGCCAGUCCGCAUCCCUCACCCACGGGAACCCAGUGCCCCCAAGCUGGAAGGUCACAUAGGAGAGGAUGGCAACUCCAUCAAGGUGAACGUCAUCAAGCAGGACGACGGGGGCUCCCCGAUCAGGCACUACCUGAUCAAGUACAAAGCUAAGCACUCCUCGGAGUGGAAGCCCGAGAUCCGGCUGCCGUCGGGCAGCGACCACGUGAUGCUCAAGUCCCUGGACUGGAACGCCGACUACGAGGUGUACGUGGUGGCUGAGAACCAGCAGGGCAAGUCCAAGCCUGCCCACUACGCCUUCCGCACCUCGGCCCAGCCCACGGUGAUCCCAGCGACCUUGGGAAGUCCAUCAGCGUCGUCCUCCUUUGUCUCAUUGCUUCUCUCUGCAGUGACUCUGCUUUUGCUCUGUUAGAAACUUUCCAACAAAGAGUCAAAUAAAGCAAUAUUUGCUUGGCAAGGCCUGGGUCCCACCAAGGUGUGGAAGGAGAUAACUUUGCUUCAGAGGAUCGUGUCAGUUCAGAGAAAAACAAAACAAAACAAAAAAAGAAACACAGAACACUUAAAAAAAAUGUUUAAUUUGAAAGAGUCAGUAUUUUGUAACAAGGAAGAAAGGUUUAAGCCAAGUUUUUUCUCUUUAACUUUUUUUUUUUUGUUACUUGUAAUGAAUUUGCCCUUUUAAAUGGAUGUAAAGAAAGAUUUUUUUUGUGUUGUUUGCUUGCUGUUUUCAUCAAAGGAAGGUGCAAUGUUGAAAGCCUUUAAGAUCCUGCUUUUUACUGAUUUCUCUGCACAUCUGGUGCUGAUCUUGUGCAAAAGGAGGCCCCAUCCACAAACCCACAGACUGUAAAAGAAAGAGAAGAUUUGUCAGAGACCAUCCUGCUGAUUGCCCAGAUGUCUCUGGGGGCUCUUGCAUGUGGAUUCAGAUGUCUGGAAGGUUUUCCUGCCGUGCUGCUCUGACCAUAAACAUCUGCUGGGACCCCACUGCUGCUUUUCCCCUCCUCCUUGUCCCUCCCUGGUGGGCAGGGUGCUGCUGGCACACAGUGCCCGUGGGUUCCCAGGCUGUGUUAGCAGAGAUCCCUUCCCUUGCUGUCCUGACAGGAAAUCUUGGCUCGGGUGGAGUUAGCUGAGCAGCAGAGUUGGGGUUACUGAUCCUUAAUCAUCUUCUUGUCUGUGUGUGUGUGGGGCAGGAGGAAUCCCUGGGCUAAACUGGUGCAGCAGAGCCAUCUUUGGUGUCAAAUCCUGGGAAUUCCCUCCAACAAAACUCAGAUGGUUUUUGCGUUGCUUCUUUGAAAUAAAAAACCCAGAACUCCCCACCCAAAAAAAACCCCACAAAAACCCACAAAAAACCCGACACAAGAACCCCAGUGAAUAUUUUGUGAUAGGAAAUCCAUUGGGAUAUGAAAUUUGGGAUAUGAAAUCCAUUGGGAUAGGAAACCUAUUGGGAUAGGAAAUUUGAGAUAUGAAAUCCAUUGGAGCAGGAAAUCCAUUAGGAUAUGAAAUUCAUGGGAUAGGAAAGCCAUUGGAGCAGGAAAUCCAUUGGGAUAUGAAAUUCAUGGGAUAGGAAAGCCAUUGGAGCAGGAAAUUCAUUGGGAUAGGAAAUUUGGGAUAUGAAAUCCAUUGGGAUAUGAAAUACUGGGUUAGGAAAUCCAUGGGAUAGGAAAUUUGAGAUAUGAAAUCCACUGGAACAGGAAAUCCAUUGGGAUAUGAAAUUUGGGGUAGGAAAUCCAUUGGGAUAGGAAAUUUGAGAUAUGAAAUCUAUUGGGAUAGGAAAUCCAUUGGAGCAGGAAAUCCAUUGGGAUAGGAAAUCCAUGGGAUAUGAAAUCCAUGGGAUAGGAAAUUUGGGAUAUCAAAUCCACUGGAACAGGAAAUCCAUGGGAUAUGAAAUCCAUUGGGAUAUGAAAUAUGGGGAUAUGAAAUCCACUGGAACAGGAAAUCCAUGGGAUAGGAAAUCCAUCCCAUCUGAUGCUCUCCUCAGAUCAGGGGUCUCUCUUUUGAAUUGUCUGUCCAGAAGGUCUCAAAGCCUCUCAGCUGGGUGGGGUUCAUCUUCCUGACAGAAUUCUCACUGGGACAGACAAAAUCCUGCCCUCACUGGUGUCUGACUCUGCUGUGUUGGUUCAGAGCUCAUCUUUAUGAGUUGGGAACUUUCCUGUCUGCAUUGUAAAUGCAAACUUGAUGCAGGUGUCACACACAAAAGCCUGUGGUUUCAUUUUAUUUUAUUUUUUUAACAAAACCCCCUCGUUUCCAGAGUUGUAGAGUGUAGAUGCUUUGUUAGAGCUUUGGAGUUUGCUGAAGUGCAGCAGAAUAAUCCUGGUACUAAAAAAUGGUGUGAUUUCCCCUCUAACUGGAUUAAUUGAGCUCAUUGUAGGUCUGAGAUCAGCUUUCUGUGGGUUUCCCUCAUCCACAGAGGGAGGUCCCUGCCUGAGGCUGAGAUGUUUCUCAUCAAAAUCAGUCAUUAAAAUUAUCUCUGUAACUUUGUGAGGUUGGUGUGGAGAGAGAGCAGCACCUGUGGAGGGGGUUCUGUCCCUGAGAGGGUUCAGGAUUCUCUGUGGCACAGCCCUGGCAAGCAGCUGAGACACCCUGAGUGUGCCUGAAGUGAAUCCCAGACUCCAGCCAGCAUGGCACAGAGACAGCAAGUGCUUCUUUGGGUUGGUUAAAAUGAGGAGCAGAACUGGGGGUUUAGCACUGAUUUGUGCAGAUUUGUAACGUGCCAGGUACCAGGGAUCUGUCAGACCCUUGGGGAGUCAUGUUGGGGGUCUCAGGCCUUGGUGUGAGUAAAAUGAGAUUCAGAUAGAGAUUUUGGAAAAGCCAGAGAGGAGGCAGAAGCUCAGAGGUGGGAGCAGGAGGGGCUCAGAGGUGGAUGCAGGAGAAGCUCAGCACUGGGAUUCUCGUGCCCCAGGCUCAGAGGUGGGAGCAGGAGAAGCUCAGCACUGGGAUUCUCGUGCCCCAGGCUCAGAGGGGGAAGCAGGAGGGGCUCAGAGGGGGAAGCAGGAGAAGCUCAGCACUGGGAUUCUCGUGCCCCAGGCACCUGCAGUUCCUGUGUGUGUGAGGGGCUGCAGCCCUGCAGGGUUCCCAGUUUGCUGAAGUCCCUCCACAUUCCCAGAGCUGUUUCUCAGAGCAUUGUUUGGCUGUUUUCAUGGGCAGGAAGGUUUGGGAACGUCCUGCUCCACCAGGAGCAGCUGCAGGUGUCUGCACCUCCGAGGUUCUGGGGAUAAAAAGAAGGUUUGAUCUAAAGGGUUUCAAAACCAGCUUCUCCUGGCUCUUGGAGCUGCUGGGGUGGGGUGGGCCCUUGGGGCAGGGCUGUGAUUUGUCCAGGAAAGAGGAUUUGGGUGUCACUCUGUGUGCAGCCUGCAGAGAGCAGCUUUGGGGUGACCUAAGUGCCCCUUGCAGGACCCGAAGGAGCUGGCAGGAAAAGGGAAGAGGGAUUAUUUCCAGGAAGGGGGGAAUGGCUUCAGACUGCCAGGGGGCAGGGUUAGGUGGGGUCUUGGGAAGGAAUUCUUCCUUGUGAAGGUGGGGAGGGGCUGGGAUGGGAUUCCCAGAGCAGCUGAGGCUGCCCAGGCUCCCUGGCAGUGCCCAGGGCCAGGUUGGAUGGGGCUGGGAGCAGCCUGGGAUGGGGGAAGGUGUCCCUGCCAUGGCAGGGGUGGCAUGGAUGGGAUUUAGGGUCCCUUCAGGCCCAGCAGAGCCAGGAGGAGCAGAGCUCUGAGGCCACCAUGCACAGGAAUCAGCAUGGUGGCAGCUCUGGGAGAUCCCAAAUGCCCAUCCCUGCCCCAGGCCAGCUCCCCAGGCUGCUGGGAGCUCACUCACAGGGUGGAACGGGGGUCUCUGUCCCUGGCAGAGCAGGGACACUCACUCCUGACUCCCCAGGCUGGGCUGGGCAGUGUCUGGGAGAACAGCCCUGGAAAAGCUCCUGCUCAGGGAGCUCCCCUGGGAGCCAAGAGCUGCUCCCCUGGGCUUUGCUGCUGGCUGCACAAAGUGGUCUGGUUUGGUUUGUCCCUUCUUCUUCUUCUUCUUCAUCUUCUUCUUCUUCCUUUUGCCAAAUGCUGUCAGAGCUUUGCCCUGCCUCAGGCCCACCUGCUCCUCUGCACCCUUUCUGUGUCUCUGCCUGGACAUUGUGUAGCUGAGACCCCCCCAGGAAGCCCCAGCUGAGCUCUCUCUGACAGGGCAGGUUUUGGGCAGCAGUUGAAACUGCUGGGUGGUUUUCCUGUGCACUGUGAAAGGAGGGGGUUAGAAAAGCCAGUCUCGCAGGAAGCUCAUUUUCCAUUGGAAAACAUAAUUUGUAAUUAAUAAAUUCUUCACUUCUUUAGAA